AUGAUUUUGAUUAAUGGUGUUGUUAUUGUUGAUAUCUUUCUUGCUAAUCUUUUAUUACUCCCUGAUUACAACUAUAUUUUGAUAUUUGUGUGCAGAUAUAAUAAAAUGAGCAAUAGAAAUAGAAAUUGGAUGUAUGAACGACUUGAUGAUCGCGGUCAUGUCUCUCAUCUUUUCAUUAAUGGUGUGAAAACAUUCAUCGAGUUUGCUUCUACUAAGCAAAGUUAUAUGGAUGGAGAUAAAAUUAAAUGCCCAUGCACAAAAUGCAAUAACAAAGCAUAUAAAGCAGUUGAUGAGGCAAAAUAUCACUUAUACAAGUUUGGUUUUGUUCCAAAUUAUCGGUUUUGGGAUAAACAUGGAGAAACAUCAACGGAUAGUACUUUAUUAGGGAUGGAUGAUACAUACACGAGUUUAAAUGAACACCAUGAUCCUACUUAUAGAAAACUGGUUAUGGAUGCAGCGGGUCCUGAUUUCAUGACUAGAACUCUUGAUGAGGAGCCAAAUUCAGAAGAUAAGAAGUUUUUUGAUAUGCUAGAGGCAGCCGAUAGAGAAUUGUGGCCUGGUUGUAAAAAGGUGACACAACUAUCUGUUGUAGCUCGACUAUUGAAUAUCAAAUCAGAAUAUCGCAUCCCUGAGUUAUGUUUUGAUGCCAUUUGUCAAUUGAUAAAGGAUGGGUUACCGGAGGAGAAUAACAUGGUUGAUAGUUUAUACGAGAGCAAAAAGUUAAUACAAGCAUUGGGUUUACCUGUGGAGUUGAUUGAUUGUUGCAGGUCUGGAUGUAUGAUAUAUUGGAAGGGCGACAAAGAUCUUGAUCGGUGCAAAUUUUGCAACGCACAGAGGUACAAAAAGUCAAGAAAUUCGUCCACACGUUCGCGUAUACCUUUCAAGAGGAUGCAUUAUUUUCCCUUGACUCCAAGGUUGAAGAGACUAUACGCUUCACAAACAACAUCCGCUUACAUGCGAUGGCAUGCUGAUAAUCAUGGCCACCAUGUUGGUGUAAUGUGUCAUCCAUCUGAUUCUGAAGCAUGGAAGCAGUUUGAUAUUAACCAUCCUUCAUUUGCAGCCGAAAUACGUAAUGUUAGAUUAGGCCUAUGUACAGAUGGGUUUCAACCCCAUGGUGCUUCAGGAAAACAGUAUUCAUCUUGGCCUGUCAUUAUAACACCUUAUAAUUUGCCACCGUUUAUGUGUAUGAAAGAGCCUUACAUGUUUUUGACUGCAAUUGUGCCCGGACCUACAAACCCUAAGCAAAAACUAGAUGUCUUCCUUCAACCAGUUAUUGCAGAACUCAAACAGUUAUAA